CCGAUGCUCAUUUCCUUUUCUGCUCUUCCGCUACCACUCAGCUUCUGCUUUCUUCCGCCACAGAGGAAAAGACAACUCAAGAAAUGAGACUCUUCUCUUGUUGGAUUUCCAUCCUGAUCUUGCCUUUCGUAAGAGAAAUUGCAGGUGCCACCUACCUUCUUCUCUUCCCAAAUGAAAAUCAGGAGCUGCCUUGCCCUUUGUCACCCAACCAAUACCACACCGACUGGUGGGUCGGCUCCGCAUGCUCCUCCCUGCUAACAUUCGAACAAAUGGGCUUGACUUCCUACGAGUGGCCACCCAAGAAGUCCUAUUCCACUAACUGGGAGAGAUUCGUUCACAUUUGUACUAGCGGAGGCAUAUUUGCAUGCAGAGCCUGGACGGAUGGGGAGAUGACCCGUCAAACUCCACUUUUGAAUAAUCCGGAGCAUUGCAGGCAUUUUCACUUCUUUAUUGUCGCAAAAAUAAAUGAGUCGGAGAAUGAAGCUGCAAUUGAAAGCAUCCACAACCAACCAAAGGCUGGUUUCUUUGUGUCACCCGGAGAAAAUUUCAGCCUUUCCUGCCAGUUUGCUUUGCAGAAGGAAGUGGAUUUUGUCGUGUACUGGAUUAAGGAAACGCAUCCAGCGACUUGCCUUCAUUCUCUUUCCAAUGAAGGCUUCCAAACGGUUCAUAAUAUUUCUUAUGAUAUAAACUGUUGUGUUGAUUCUGAUAUCAAAAAGAGACUGUCCAAUUCUUCAGAAGUUUCAAAUGGGACACUUCAAAAUCACCAGAUUACAAUCACCGAUGCUGUUCCUUCUGACAGCGGGGUGUAUGUUUGCCUGAUUACCGCAUUCACAAAUAAACAUUUCUGGAAGAUUGUAACUAAUGUGACCAUAGAAGUGCGGGAUGCCUUGGCACCUGAGUCUGGAAACGGUAAUAAAAGAGGGGCUGCUACAGAUUUCCUUGGGAGUCAUGGGAAGCAUCCUCGUCGUCGGUGGGCUAAUAGCGUUUCUUUGCUGGAAGAAGAAUCCCAGAGGAAAACCAUCCGAACCACAUCAAAGGGAUCGGACUGCAACUGAAAUGAAGGAGGAAGAGUGCUCUCCGUAUGCAAUCAGCAGUCACAGUGAUGUGUUUGGAAAUGAAGUUGUGUAUUCACUUGCAACCAGCCCUGGUGUGAACCCAAACAGGGAUUUUUUGCAGAAUAGCAGUACAGCUUCUGGAACACAAGCUGGAGAAAAUGUGGAAACUUAUGCUGUGAUCAACAAAGUGUGUUCUUGAAUAGUGAAAACCUUCAUUUUGGCAGUCAUUUUAAUUUGUUUUUCAUGGGAAUUUCUAAAAUUGCACACAUUUCUUCAUGUUAUAAUAAAAUAAAUAAAAUGUGUAGUACUAAAUUAA